AUGGACGCUACCUCGCCGCACCUCUACGGCCCCGUCAAGGAUCCUAAAAGCGCCGCUAACGGGGCAGUCGAGGUCAGCGCAUCCGCGGUUGCUGCACGCCUCGAUCAUGCCGACCAACAUGCCGGCGACUUCCCUUCUCGACACCUCGACGACGGCAUCGGCGGCAAGGUCCUCCGUAGCGGGGUCGGCAGCGUUGGCGGCAACGAGGGCGGCGGGGUCGCCGAGGAAGACGACGUCGACAAAGCUCCACAGCUCGUCGCCGCGGUCGGUGGUCCAGGCGUACUCGGAGACGCGGGCGGGCUCGCCGGCGAGGGGCACGCGGAGGGUGCCCCGGGCCUCGAGGCACUUGGUGGCGCCGAGGCGGGAGGCUGGGUGGGCGGGGAGACGUUGCAGGAGUAG